GUCAGCUGACGGCGGAGCCGCCGGUGGUGGCGGGGGGCGGGCGCCGGCACUCGCAGUUGUCCGCCGCCGCCGCGCAGAGCCGCCGCCGGGCCUGAGGCCGAGCCGUCGCCGCCGCCGCCAUGCCCUCGGAGAAGAGCUUCAAGCAGCGCCGCACCUUCGAGCAAAGAGUGGAAGAUGUACGACUGAUUCGAGAUCAGCAUCCAACUAAAAUACCAGUGAUCAUUGAAAGGUACAAGGGAGAGAAGCAGCUUCCAGUUUUGGAUAAGACCAAGUUCCUGGUGCCAGAUCAUGUCAACAUGAGCGAGCUAAUCAAAAUUAUCAGGCGACGCCUGCAGCUGAACUCCAACCAGGCGUUCUUCCUCCUGGUGAAUGGACACAGCAUGGUGAGCGUUUCCACACCCAUAUCCGAGGUGUACGAGAGCGAGAAGGACGAGGAUGGCUUCCUGUACAUGGUGUACGCCUCUCAGGAGACUUUCGGAGUGCAAUCUUCUGUCUAAGACACGCAAGCGGCUUCUAGCCUAGGAUUUUGGUUUACCCUUGGCCGUCACCCCCACUCUUCCCCACACACACCCCAGGGAAAGAAACGGAUGUCACCUACGCUCUCAGUACCUUAGCAUAGUCUUGCUUUAGCAGGUGUCUCAUCUUACCUUGCCUUGUUUGUGACUAUUAAACAGUACAGACGAGCACCUCCAGCUUUGAAACCUGCUGUAAUAUCCCACACAGGCACAUUUACAUUUCUGGACUUGAUGAAUGGAACCCAAUUGUGCAUGUGACAAUUGCAAAUAAAGGGACACUCGAUUGACUUUAACAAGCAAACAGGCACCAGGGAGGAGCUAAAGUGUUUCGUGUGACAGUUUUCUGGAAAAUCUCCCUAUGAUUCCUUAAACCUUUUUUUUUUUAAAAAAAAAAAACAAAAAAACACAAAUGGGAAGGCUUCUCAUGAGAGCAAAUAUGUUUUAAUGUUCCAAGGCGGAGCCUUGUCUUCUGCAGCUCAGUGAGACUCGUGUCAGUGCUGCAGUGAGUUAAGGCAAGUGCUUGGGGUGAGCUGGGGGAGUACAACUCUUUUUUUUUUGUUUCUGUUUUUUUUGUGGCACCACCAAUUCAGGAAUGGUGCCAGUUUCUGAAGUACUCAUACCAAACACCACAGCUUUAUUGUAGUUUUAGGAAGUGUUUAACUGUAAAAUACACACCUGGACAGGUAACACUGAAAUAAACGCCGGUCUGUUACGAAUUUCCAAUCCCUGUGCGUUCGGUGAAGCACUGUUGUUCACACGGGCUCGCUUCCAAAAGAUGAUUCCCCCCGGCCUGGAGGUUUGCCGUUCCCUUGCUGGGAGAAGGCAGCGGAGGGACCCCGCUGCCAGCACUCGGGGCUGUGCCGAUGGCUGCAGCCGGCCUGGAUCGGGCUAGUGCAAUCUGAGACAGGAGCAGCGCCUGUCCGCCCCGUCUCCAUCUCCUCGGCAGGGCGGGUGCGCUCAAAGGCCUCCGACGCGAACGGCUUUGUUGUACACACCUCCGUACCACCAUCGGACUCGGACACGCCACUGGAAUUACCAACCCGCACUGCCUAACCAGUCUCUCGCUUGUUUUGCAUGUUACCACCGGGGGUGGGGGGUCAGGGCAAACCGCUUUUAGAAGCAGCUCAGGUCCAGGAGUGAGUUGCUGUCGAGAGUUGAUGAACAAAUGCUAUUUUAUUUUUUUUCCUCCAUCACUGAAGUCUCCUGCCACUUGCAUGGGGUUUGGAAGAUGUCGGUGUCACUACUGUCCUGAGCAGGGAGGCAGCCUGUGCAGAGGAAAGGUAUCUCGUAGGACCUGUGUUUUUCCUCUAGAGUCGUUGUCAAGUGAAGUGUAGCAGGAUGAGAUUACUCUUGUAUAUUAUGUGUCUGUGAACUAACUACAUCUGUUACUGGAAGCUAACUUACUAUAACGGGGGGAAAAAAGAAGCAAUACUACUGCGUCUUGGCACUCUAGCUCAAUAAAGGUGUACAAUUUGUACCUACCUACACCUCUUUGCAUGCAUCUCGUUCACAAUGCUUACUUCCGAUUUUUUUUUUAUUGUUCUCUGUGUUUUUACUCCAACGUAAACUUCUAAAUGCAGCUUGUUCUAUGUUUAGUUUUGUUCGUGUAAGAAAUUGUUUAACUCAUAACUGACAACCAUACUUGUAAUUACAACGUGAUUGACUGAUAUUCCUGUACAAAUGUUGCUUUUUUAAAAUUAAUACAGUGCUGAUAUGGAUGGAUUACAUCCCAACUUAA